UUGCAGGCAUCCCAGAAAAGUCCAAAUCGGCCCCUCGGGUGCGAUUGACCUUUUUGGUGGCUUGCCUCCUUGUGCCCUUGGUGCUAAUACAUGAUCACAAGCUGCGCCACCGUCGAUGGCAUGGCGAUGUCUCUCUGCCUGAACUGCACAAUCCCUCAGACCAACCAAGAUGUCUGCGACGACUUUGACCGAUCUCGACGGCCCCGCGAUCGAGCCGCCUGACGGGGUUACUCCCAACUUUGAGAUUCAGAAUCGGCAUCAUGCCGUGGGGUACUUUGUCCUGAUAUUUUGUGCAAUUCUUUCCACCCUAGCUGUCAUACUUCGCCUGGCUUCCAGGUACCACAUUGGGAGAUUCCAUAUUGAAGACGUCUUCUUCAUCAUGGGAUACGGGAUCUUUGCCGGAUAUCUAUAUCCGAUCUACGAGGUUUCGAUAUGGCCAGGUGUCCAAGUUCACCAGUGGGACAUAAAAUUAAGAGACAUAUCGCGUGUCAAUUGGAUGAUUCACCUCGGAUCGAUCAACUACGGAAUGUCGAUAUUGUUUGUCAAGCUCGCCAUUCUGCUCGAUUGGUUGCGCAUUUUCGUGCCCUUGGGCCAGAAGAACAAGAUGUACUGGAUGUUCCACGCCUUAAUAUGGGGAAAUAUCAUCUAUUACGUCUCUGGAACCUUUCUUGAAAUCUUUCGAUGUUGGCCAAGACAGAAGAUUUGGGACCCCUUGUUUGAAGGAGGCAGCUGUCCAAUCGACAUCGCAGCCAACAACUUCGCGUCCGCCCUUAUCAAUUUGGCGUCUGAUAUUGCCAUCCUCCUGCUUCCUCAGUGGAUUAUAUGGAAGUUGCACGUGUCGAAGUCCAAGAGAAUAGGUAUAUCGCUGCUAUUCGUCAUUGGCAUCUUCGCCACCGGCGCAGGAGUUGCCCGUCUGGUCUACCUUCUGCAGCUGCUCGACUCUGAUGACGAGUGGUACUGGAUAUCAAGUGUUGCCCUCUGGGGCGUUGGAGAGAUCACAGCCGGACUUCUCAUCACAGGCAUUCCCGGUAUCCCUAAAGUUGUCCAGAGCAUUCAGUCCUCGGAAUCCUUCACGCAACUGCUAAGUCGACUUGGAAUCUCCACCUCGCGACUGCAGUCUGAGCCCUCAGGCGGUCGGCCCAGUCUCAGGACUUUUGGCAGGAACCAGACGCCACAGAAGCGACGCGGGCUGUGGGAUAUCAGCGACGCAGAUACUUAUGGCCUUGUAUCAGUGCAGGCGAUACCUGUUGACCAGGAGGCGCACAGUCUACAACAGCCGCCCAAUUCCAUCACUCGGGAGACCGGUUGGGAUGUGAACGUGGAAAGACAACAAGGCUCCGAUGAGCCUAGAUCGUAGACACGCAUAUUUUGGGAUAGUUGCAAGUUUUCAGAGUAGAAAUUUAGUGGAAAACGACGUAAUGGGACGGGUUUUGGAAUAUUGUAGCACCAAGAACACACCCCGGAGUGAGCACAAUCCGAAGUGUAUAGCCACGAGAUUGAAU